GGUCCAAGUUCCAGACCACCCACAUUAUUUUUGUCCACAUGGGAAGUGGGAGAAAAUGAUCAGUCCCAGAUCUCACCUACAAAUUCACACACCUCUCUCUCUCUCUCUCUCUCUUUCUCUCUUCAAUUUAGUAAUACUUCUUGUGCUACACACAACCUCCAAGACAUGACCCACACAUUCCAUUUCCCACAUCUCUUUCUUACGUAAUAUGAUCCAAGCUUUAAUUUUGAUGAUUUUUAUAGAAUUGCCAAAGCCCUUCAUAUAAUACCAGCAGCAACACAGAGAGACGCAUAUAAGCAUAGUCUAGUCUAGGCCAAAAAGACAAGAAACUAUUCUCUUCUGCUCUGUGUGAGGAAUUUUAUCCAAAAAGAACAUUAAUACUUCUUGGAUUUGCAGAAACUUGCUUGCACUGCAGAUUUGUAUUGGUUCUAAUCCUUAGAAGGUGGGGACUAGUUGUAGCUUUUGGGUCUCGGGCCUGGCCCCCUUCCCAUUUCCUUUUUUUUUUGUUCCUUUGGUUUUGCAGAAGAUUUUGUCUGCCUUGUUCUGUAAAACCCCAAUGCUACUUUAUUUUAUUGCUCUUGUGUAGGGACAUAUUUUGGGGUUCUGUACUUUCUUUGUUUUUCUUCUUCUCUUUAAGCCUGUUCCUCCAUUUAUUUUUCUUUUUCCAUUAUUCGAGAAAUUCUCUAUAACUCCAAAAAAAAAAAAAAAAAAACCAUUGAAUUUUUGCUGCAGAGUGCUGGAACUUCAGUUAAAGAACACAGGCAAUGCUCUGAGAUUAUGAAACACAAUAUACCUGGAAUCCUGUUGUUUUCUUAUUGAUUCUUGGGGAUGGAAUCAUAAGGGAAGCUUACCAAGUGUAAACUUUUUGGUUGUGGAGUAGAAAAGAGGAGGUGAAGAUGCCUGCAAAGGUUUUGCAUCCCUUAACAGAUGAAAAUCAAGAUCUGCAGAAGCAGAUUGGCUGCAUGAAUGGAUUUUUUCAGCUUUUUGACCGCCAUCAUUUCCUUACCGGCCGACGUAUCAACAGCGACAACCACAAGAGACUUCCUCCAGGUCAAAAUGACAAGAAGGCAUCAGAGCUCAGCAAUGCAUCACAAACAACUACAGAAAAAAUCCCGAAGAAGCUUGUAAAAGAGAAACAGAGGGUCUCGACAGAAUCAUCCAAAUCCUCCUUUUCAUCUUCCUCACGUUCAUCCAGCUUCUCAUCUCUUGAUCAUAACAAAACAGCUCAGAUUGAGACAUCUUCAUUCAACCAAACAAUUUUCCCUGAAACCCACACUCGGCCCAUGAAACAAACAAUUUUCCCUGAAACCCCCACUCAGCCCACGAACCAGCCAAAUGUUUCUUCGCAGUUAAGACAGCCAUCCCUUGAUCUCCGAGACAUUGUCAAAGACUCCAUAUACAGAGAAGCCCGUGCAUUGUCUGUAAAAACUGGUGGUAAGGAGGAAGCAGUGGGUAAUACCUUGAUAUACAUAGACUCCCCAAGGCCCUUGCAGGCACCCAAAUCUGUCAAGCCCAGAGCUACUGGUCUCAAUGAUUCCUUUCGCAUUCUUGCUAAGCUCCGGGAAGCACCUAGGAAUUACAAGGAACAGAGAGAUGGUUUUACACUUUCGUCACCAAAGGAUGCACCUCGGCUCUCCUAUGAUGGAAGGAUAUCACAAGAUGCAUACAAGUCUACCAUAAAGCUCAAAGAACUCCCAAGGCUAUCAUUGGACAGCAGACAAGGCUCCAUAAGGGGUUCUGCACCUGAACCAAAAUCAAAUUUUCUUUUGAAGGAUCUGCAGAGAAGGAAUGGAAACUCCAGCAAUAUGCUUAACCAUCAGCAAGAGCCAGAAAUUUCAAAACGACCAUCCAGCAUUGUGGCAAAGUUGAUGGGAUUGGAAUCUACCCCACAGUCAACAUCAACCAGUGAGAAUUCAUUAGAAAUUAUGAGUAGCUGCCAAGCUGAUAAAUAUGACCGCUUCUCAGAAGCAACUGAUGAAACCAAGCAAAAUCGAAUUUCCAGGUCCCCAAGGAAUUCACAGGACCACAUCUCACCCCGGUUGAAAAAUGCUGAUUCAGUUAUGAGGCCCACCUCAGGUUCAAGGUUUCCAAUAGAACCAGCUCCAUGGAGGCAGCCAGAAGGCAGCCAAAGUUCUGAACUUCCAGCUUUCAUGUAUGGAGAAACUACCAUAAAAGCCCCAAACUGCCCCUCCGUUUAUGGUGAAAUUGAGAAAAGGUUGUCUGAACUUGAGUUCAAAAAAUCUGGUAAGGAUCUCAGAGCACUCAAACAGAUACUCGAAGGAAUGCAGAAGACUAAAGAUGCAUUAGAUACCAAAAGAGAAAGGGCUGCAAAUUUUGCAUCUCAAACAAGCAAAAAUAGCAGCUCUUACCAAAGCUCAAAUUUAGCAAGCCCAAGAAAGCUACAAAAUAAGGACCCAAUUUCUGCCACAAUCAAGGGGUCGCCUUCACCAAAGAGUCAUAAAUCCCCAACUGUCAUUAUGAAACCAGUUAACCUUAUCAGAAGAACAAGUGAUCCUGCGUCCAGCAUGAUUCCAACUGAAAAUAUGUCAGUGCUCCGGAAGCCUCAUGGCAGUGCAGAUGGGAGAAAGUUUUUGAUGCAAUCAGCUAAAGAUCUAGUUUCAAGAAACAAUCAUAUACAAGGCCCUUUCAGUCGACUGACUUGCGCUACAGAUAAGACUAUCAGUGUUAGAACCUCAAAAUCAGCAUCAGCCUUAAAGCUGCCUUGGCACAUCAUUGGAGAAAACAACACAUGCUCAGCAACUGUGAGCCCGAGACUGCAACAAAGGAAAUUUGGAUUGCAGAAGCAGUCACCACCUCCCACCGUCCCAUCAUCUGAUUCAAGCAAGACCAAUAGGCAACAUACUAAACAACCAGUAGGACCAAACUCCCCAGGUAGAAAAGUCCGACCAAGGUCUCCCAAUUUGCAGCAAUGUAAUGAGCAAUUGAGUGAGAUCAGCAGUGCCAUCAGAGAUUUAAGUCACGAAAUUGAUGCUAUUUCUCUGAAAUCUGAGAGCAGCAUUAACUUCAACUCUCACAUGGACACAGAACUGACAGAAGUUACAAGCACCAAUCAAUCUGAUAAGAUCAACACUACCUUCUUCCAGCAGGAUGGCCAGAAACAAAGUAGUCUAGAAGGGUUCAGGGAAGACAGGUUGAUGGCAGAACCUGCAAUAGCUACCAUGGAACAACCGAGUCCUAUCUCUGUUCUUGAUGCUACAUUUUACAGAGAUGAGUCACCAUCCCCUGUGAAGAAGAUAUCAAAUGCCUUUAAAGAUGAUGAGGCUUUAAAUCCUGAUGAAGGGGAAUGGAAUCCAGAAGAUCUAGCACAAUUACCAAAGUGCACAAAACCCAGUUUCAGUGCAGACAUUGAUAACAAAAAAUUAGAAAACAUCCAGCAUUUUGUUCAGAAUCUUCGACAAAUAUACUGUACUGAAGAGGAACCCAUCACCAAUUACAUUGCACCCCUCCAUGAGAGCACAAAUUCAGACCACAGGUACAUCUCAGAAAUAUUGUUAGCAUCAGGUCUCCUCAGAGAUCUUGACUUUGGUUUGAUGACCAUUCAGCUCCAAGCAUCCAGCCACCCCAUUGAUUAUAAAGUGUUCCUUGCGUUGGAGCAAAAAAAGGCAGGUGCAGGGCUUUUAAACGAUACGCAGCAUGAUAUAAGGCUUGUUAAGUCAGAACCUACUGAGAAAAUUCAAAGAAAACUCACAUUUGAUGCUGUUAAUGAAAUUCUAGUUCGCAAAUUAUUAUUGGAAGGUCCUCACCAGCAUUGGUUCUUGCCAAAUAAGCUAGCAGGAAGAAAACCAAGAGGGCAGCAGCUUCUGGAAGAAUUGUGUUCAGAGGUAGAUUGGCUAAAGAAUAACAACUUGAACAGAAGCCUAGAUGAGGAGGAUGACAGUUUGAGGAGCAUCAUAUUGGAAGAUUUAAGGCAUCAAUCAAUGGAUUGGAUAGAUUGCCAUUGUGAAAUUUCUGGGGUAGUGUUAGAUGUUGAGCGGUUGAUUUUUAAAGACUUAAUAACAGAAGUUUUAAACAGUGAGGUAGCUGCUCUGCAGGGCAGGCCUGGUGGGCAUUGCAGGAAGCUGUUUUCCAAGUAUGGGAUUUGAUAACAUAGUUCUAGAAGGGAUUCAGUCUUAUCUCUCUCUCUCACACACACACACACACACACACAUUUUUGUUUCCAGUUGGGUGGGUAUUUCACUCUGCUUAAAACUACAGUAAUUCUUGAGUAAGAAUAGCUCUUUACUAGCAUGUAAAUCUCCAUUAGAGGCUUAUAACUUACUUGUAGAUUAUAGACAAUGUAUAUAUAAUUAUAUUUCCUUUCAAGUUUGGGUUUCAA